AUGGCUCCACAAAUUGGUAUCCGGCAGCCCAUACGUCUCCUUAUUCGACACUUGCCAUAUGAUAUCACCAUAGAAGCAUUAUUGGAUGUAAUACACAAGAGUUGUGAGAAGAGUGUGAUCGAAAGUAUUAAAGAAGCUUAUGUGCUUAGUGGUUACCCACAACAAAACAACCGCCCACGAGUACUUUCAACUGCUGUUCUUGCCGUACAAAUGGAUGGUGAAAUUGAGGAGUGCGAAGGGGUGAUUCAGGCUGUGACUGAUAUCUUUGAUGGUCGCACAGUCUUCCCAGAAAGGGAAUCUUCUGUAUCAGCAGUGGAGUUGUCUCCAGUUUAUUUAGCUUCUUUCUCCAAGACACGUGGUAAUGGAGAACCAAAUCGUGAGAUCUCAGCAGAAUUUCAACAAGGGAGUAUUGAAGAGGAUGAGGACUACCGCCGAUUUUGCGCGAUGUUAAAUGCAGAACCAGAAGAAAUAAAGUCUAAUGUAACACAUAAGGAAAGUCAAGAUUUAGAAGAAGAAGAAGAAGUAGAUGAGCAUAAGCAAAAAUACGCUGAUAAGUGCUCAGAGAAACCAGAAUCUAUAUCUCUUCUUGUGCAGGACUUGUUGGGAAAAAUUAAAAGAAUGGAAAGACAGAAGAAAGAAAGAAAGAAAAGGUCUGUAAAAGAAAUUGGGUUGAAACUGUUGUACCAGAGUCGACGGGAAAGGGCAAGGGUAAGGGAGGUGAGGAAAGAUAACAGUAAGCCUCGUGGCGCAGAAAAGAAACGAGAAACCAAGGGUAUAUCAAAGAAUAGGAGCAAAGAAAGGAAAGUAUUUGAUAGUGUUCAAUAUGCACAAGAGCUGAGUGCAGAUGUGAAGUCGGAGAAGAUGCACCAAAUAUCUAUGCAAAAUCUAAGGAAAAAACGAAAGGAGGAGAAAAAAAAGAAAAGAUCUUGUGAUAGAGUGGAAAAGUUAGCUGAUGAUUGUAAAGGGGAUAUAAUGGACAAGAGAAGAGACCACCGUAAGAAACGUGGUGAUAAGAAAAAAGAAGAUAUUAUAAAUGUGACUAGAAAAGAAAGGCGACGCAGAGAAAAAGAUGUGUGUACAAAAAAUGAGAAUAAACCAGAAGAGAGGCGGCGAAAACGUUGGGAAAGAGAAGAAAAAUAUCAAUCUAAACCGAGUAACACGAAUGAAGUUAAGGAUCAACAAUUGCAUAAGAAGAAUCAACGGCAUAGAAAGAAUAGACAAGAGGAUCGAUCUGUACGUCACUUAUUCUCAAGGAGAGGGGAUAAUGUAGAUAAAAACGAAGAACCGAUCAAAAGUUUUCCUGAUGAAAAAGUUAUUGGCAAUAUUAUAUUAGAAAAAAAAUAUGUGGAUCCUUGCCGUGAGGAUGACUCUCUUCAUGCGUCACGCCUACCAAAAACUGUGAAUGCAGGUAUUAAUAGAGAGGAUUCUUCAUCCCCUCGCAUAGAUAAAGUUAGAGAAAGGCAAAGACGACGUGAGCGAAGGGAUAAAAAGAACUCUGAUCGAAAGGCAAAGAAUCAGCCAUUGAUACUUCGUAUAUUAACUAAACCAGAUGAAAACACUUCCACUCUUUCUAACAACUAG